AUGGAUAGAGCGGCGCUGCGCGCGGCGGCGAUGGGGGAGAAGAAGGAGGGCGGCGGCGGCGGGGGGGACGCGGCGGGCGCGGAUGGGGGCGCCGGGGCCGCGGCCAGCCGAGCGCUGCAGCAGUGCGGGCAGCUCCAGAAGCUCAUCGACAUCUCCAUCGGCAGCCUGCGCGGGCUGCGUACCAAGUGCGCCGUGUCCAACGACCUCACCCAGCAGGAGAUCCGGACCCUGGAGGCGAAGCUGCUCCGGUACAUCUGCAAGCAGUGUCAGUGCAAGCUGAGCGUGGCCCCGGGCGAGAGGACCUCGGAGCUCGACAGCUACCCUCGCUUCAGCGACUGGCUGUACACCUUCAACGUGAGGCCGGAGGUGGUGCAGGAGAUCCUCCGCGAGCUCACACUAGAUGCCCUGCUGGACAUGAACGAGGCCAAGGUGAAGGAGACGCUCCGGCGCUGCGGGGCCAGCGCCGAGGAGUGCGGCCGCCUGCAGUACGCCCUCACCUGCCUGCGGAGGGCGGCAGGCCUGGGCGGGGAGCACAAAGAGGACUCAGGCUGGAGUUCGUCUGAUGCCCGGCGGGAAAGUGGCUCCGGGCCUGCCGCAGACACCCUUUCGCCAGCCAGCCUGCCCUGGCCUCCGGGGAGCUCCCUGCUGGGCAGACUGGGCAGCAGUGCCCAGGGCCCACGCUCCGUCUCCGUGUCCGCUCUGCCCGCCUCGGACUCCCCAAACCCCGGCCCCAGUGAGGGCCUGUCAGACCCCUUUAUCUCCCUGCACGCCAGCGGCCGGUUGACCCCCCGUGCCCUGCCCAGCUUCAUCACCCCGCCGACCACGCCCCAGCUCCGACGGCACACCAAGCUGAAGCCGCCCAGGACACCGCCCCCGCCCAGCCGCAAGGUCUUCCAGCUGCUGCCCAGCUUCCCCACGCUCACCCGGAGCAAGUCCCACGAGUCUCAGCUGGGGAACCGCAUUGACGAGGUCUCCCCGAUGAGGUUUGGUAAGAGUGAUUCAUUUUCAUCCCCUCUGCCACCCAGGAGUCCUGUUUCUGUUGCUGUCCCCAUCGGGGAUCUCCCUCACGGAUCCCCGCAGAUGGUACGAAGGGACAUCGGGCUCUCCGUGACACACAGGUUCUCCACCAAGUCCUGGCUGUCGCAGGUCUGCCACGUGUGCCAGAAGAGCAUGAUGUUUGGAGUGAAGUGCAAGCAUUGCAGGUUGAAGUGUCAUAACAAGUGUACAAAAGAAGCCCCUGCCUGUAGAAUAUCCUUCCUUCCACUACCCAAGCUUCGGAGGACAGAAUCCGUGCCCUCAGACAUCAACAAUCCGGUGGACAGAGCCGCUGAACCCCACUUUGGAACCCUCCCCAAAGCACUGACAAAGAAGGAGCACCCUCCAGCCGUGAACCACCUGGACUCCAGCAGCAACCCAUCCUCCACUACGUCCUCCACGCCCUCCUCGCCUGCGCCCUUCCCAGCGUCGUCCAACCCAUCCAGUGCCACCACGCCCCCCAACCCCUCGCCUGGCCAGCGGGAUGGCAGGUUCAACUUCCCAGCUGCCUACUUCAUUCAUCAUAGACAGCAGUUUAUCUUCCCAGACAUUUCGGCAUUUCCACAGGCAGCGCCGUUCACCGAUGGAGCAGACAGUUCCCGGCUCGACGACCAGCCAAAAGCAGAUGUGUCGGAAGAUCGUGAAGUGGAGGCUGAGGAGCCUGAGGCCGGCAAGUCAGAGGCCGAAGACGACGAGGACGAGGUGGACGACCUGCCGACCUCCCGCCGGCCCUGGCGGGGCCCCAUCUCGCGCAAGGCCAGCCAGACCAGCGUGUACCUGCAGGAGUGGGACAUCCCCUUCGAGCAGGUGGAGCUGGGUGAGCCCAUCGGGCAGGGCCGCUGGGGCCGGGUGCACCGCGGCCGCUGGCACGGCGAGGUGGCCAUCCGCCUGCUGGAGAUGGACGGCCACAACCAGGACCACCUGAAGCUGUUCAAGAAGGAGGUGAUGAACUACCGGCAGACGCGGCACGAGAACGUGGUGCUCUUCAUGGGGGCCUGCAUGAACCCGCCCCACCUGGCCAUCAUCACCAGCUUCUGCAAGGGACGGACGUUGCACUCGUUCGUGAGGGACCCCAAGACAUCUCUGGACAUCAACAAGACCAGGCAGAUCGCCCAGGAGAUCAUUAAGGGCAUGGGGUACCUCCACGCCAAGGGCAUCGUGCACAAAGAUCUGAAAUCCAAGAACGUCUUCUACGACAACGGCAAAGUGGUCAUCACAGACUUCGGGCUGUUCGGGAUCUCGGGUGUCGUGCGAGAGGGACGGCGUGAGAACCAGCUGAAGCUGUCACAUGACUGGCUGUGCUACCUGGCCCCGGAGAUCGUGCGGGAGAUGACCCCCGGGAAGGACGAGGACCAGCUGCCCUUCUCCAAAGCUGCUGACGUCUAUGCAUUCGGGACUGUUUGGUAUGAGCUGCAAGCCCGAGACUGGCCCUUGAAGAACCAAGCUGCAGAGGCCCUGAUCUGGCAGAUUGGAAGCGGAGAGGGCAUGAAGCGCGUCCUGGCCUCCGCCAGCCUGGGGAAGGAAGUCACCGAGAUCCUGUCUGCCUGCUGGGCCUUCGACCUGCAGGAGCGGCCCAGCUUCCCCCUGCUGAUGGACAUGCUGGAGAAGCUGCCCAAACUGAACCGGCGGCUCUCGCACCCUGGGCACUUCUGGAAGUCUGCUGACAUUAACAGCAGCAAAGUUGUACCCCGGUUUGAAAGGUUUGGCUUGGGCAUCCUGGAGUCCAGUAAUCCAAAGAUGUAG